AUGAAGCCGACUAAACGUGGGAUCAAAGUGUGGGUAAGGGCGGACCCUCACAAUGGAUAUGUGAAUGACAUUCAAGUGUAUUUAGGUAAGGAGAACCGUGACGAAGACAAGGGUUUAGGGGAGCGAGUUGUGAUGGAUUUAGUAACACCAAUUUUGAAUCGCGGACAUCAUGUGUAUUGUGACAAUUAUUUCACUACGGUAGGACUAUUCGAGGAAUUACAACAGCAAAGAACUUACGCGUGUGGAACAUUUAGAUCCAACAGACGAGGAAUAUCUAUCACGAUGCAGAAAGGAAACAUGGUUGCGACAGCUUGGAGGGACAAGAAGACCGUAUUCAUUUUAUCUACAAACUUCGAUCCAACAACGCCGAGGACAACAGUUCAACGAAGGCAGAAAGACGGAAGUCAGAAAGAUGUUUCUUGCCCGGAGUCCGUACGAAAUUACACAAAGUACAUGAACGGUGUUGACCAUGCGGAUCGGCUACGGGCAAUGUACAGUCUAGCGCGCAAGUCAGCCAAGUGGUGGAAAUAUCUUUUCUGGUUUUUAGUUGAUCUUGCCAUAGUUGGAGCCUAUAUUCUGAUGAAGGAAUCACCAAAUCACCACAGAAGACAAGAACAGGAAAACCUAAGCCACUGA